AUGGCGGCUACCUCAGCAGCGGCUGGGCUUCUGGGCCGGCAACUCAAACAGAUGCACUCGGACAACGACAUUCCCGGAAUCAGCUGCGGCCUGGUCGAUAACAAUGUGUUUGAAUGGGAGGUCAUGUUGAUGAUUUCGGAUGAGUGCAAGUUCUACGGCGGUGGUUUCUUUCGCGCCCGCCUCUCUUUCCCCGCCGAAUACCCUAUUAUGCCACCGAAAAUGAAGUUUGAAACGCCCAUUUUUCACCCAAACAUCUACGAAAACGGCGAAGUGUGCAUUAGCAUCCUGCAUCCCCCAGAGGAAGAUAAAUUCGGCUAUGAAUCCGCCGCGGAACGCUGGUCACCCGUGCAGACGCCCGAAACGAUUCUGCUCAGCGUCAUCAGUAUGCUGAGUAGCCCCAAUGACGAGAGCCCUGCGAACCUCGAUGCCGCGCGGCUGUGGCGAGAAAACCCGGCCGAAUUCAAGAAGCGUGUGCGCAAGUGCGUCCGCGAUAGUCUGGAGAUGUAA